CGCCGCGUAGCGUGACGUAUCUCGUAGCUCCGUACAUGUCACUUCGUAAUCGCAUACGACUUUCAACGACAGCGUGACAAAUGCCCGCCAAAAUCUCUAGUGACUGAUUAUGUGUCUAUUUUACAAUAAACUUUUGAGUGUCUAUAAAACAUAUUACAGUGAUUGUGCACAAUUUUAAGUAAUGAGCGUAGUUCGCUUUUAAAACCGUUGUAAAGAUUUGUUGGUUGCUGUUUUAUUUUUUGGAUUAAACUAUUUUUGUGAUGCACUAUGAGUAUGUGGUAAGAAAUUAUAAACAAUGAAUAUAAGAGUGAAAAAUCACGUUCAAUCUACUGAAAAAACAAAUAGGAAGCGAAGGCCGCAGCGGAAGAAUGGUGCGAAGCUCGCAAGGGUUGCUAGAGAGGAGGCUCGACCUACGGUGCCCGCGUCGCAACAGAACUCUACAAUUAAAUUCAUCCAGGGUGGUUGUGACCUGACUUCGUGCCCGGAGGAUGCGGCUUGCAUUCAGUUCAACAGUACAGUACACUACUGCAUUUGCACAUCAAACGCUGAACCCGCCAAGGAUGACUUAAAGUGCCCGCGUAGCAUCGUACCAUUGAGUCCGAUUGCGAUACACAACAUCAUCCCACCUUUAACGUCUAACAGCUCAACUGAUGGAAGACUACCAUCUUCAUCUGCACAGUCCCCAAAAUCUCUGGUGAGCAGCGAAGAGUUUUCGGAGUCUCCUCUGAGUAAUACUUCGUUUGUGAAACCGGGCGGCAACAUUGGCGCUAGUGAGCACAUACUUAUUGGAGUGAUGGUCGGCGGUGCACUUCUUGUCUUCCUCAUAGCUUUGGCCAUUUUCCUCUAUGUAAGAAGACGCAUGUGUCCUGUCGACGGAAAAGUAAAACCGCGUAUCAGACCUGGGGAACCACUGCUUGCUGAACGGUAUAUAACGAACCCGCAGUACGGCGUGUGCGGCGCAGUACCGGGCUCGCCGAGCCCACGGCGCACCGACGACAACGAGCCACAGGUGCCUCUGCUCGACCGCAAGGCGUUGACUUUCUUAGAGGAGGUCGGCGAGGGAUGCUUCGGGAAAGUACAUAAAGGAGUUCUAAGAACCAACAGCGGCGAACAAGUCGUAGCCAUUAAAGUGCUGAAGGAGAGCGCAGGGCGUAGCGCUGAAGAGGACUUCGUCAGAGAAGUUUCCAUAAUGUCCGCAUUCCGACAUCCCAAUAUUUUAAGUCUUGUGGGAGUUGUAUACAGAGAUGAUAUCAGUGCAAGUCCAUGGAUGGUCUUCGAAUAUAUGGAAUGGGGAGACUUGGCAGGAGUGUUACGGGGGUCAAGAGGGGGCGGCAGAUCGGGCCCGACGCUGGACAAGCCGAGCUUGCUGCAUGUCGCUCUGCAAGUGGCACUCGGCAUGCAGUACCUCGCCGCCCGACGGUUCGUACAUAGAGACCUCGCAGCCAGGAACUGCUUGGUUGGCGCACAUCUCGCCGUAAAAAUUGCAGACUUCGGUAUGUCUAGGGACGUCUACACCUGCGAUUAUUACAAAAUGGGAGGAGAAAGACCAAUGCCUGUACGGUGGAUGUCCCCAGAGAGCAUAGUUUACGCUCGUUUCACUCACGAAUCGGAUGUAUGGUCGUAUGGGGUCGUGCUUUGGGAGAUCUACAGUCGCGGCAAACAACCAUUCUACGGACACAAUAAUGACGAGGCUACCAAAUUAAUUUUGAAUGGUAUAGUUCUAGUUCCACCGGAGGAUUGUCCUAUAUUUGCGUGUGAACUGAUGCGCGCCUGCUGGGAGGAAGAUCCUCGCAAUAGAAUAGGCUUCGACGAAAUCUGUAGCAAGUUGAAGGCGGCGGCGGAAGCCGGAGGCACGACUACUCAAAUGCGAUUACCGCGUCCCCCCGCGCCUCCUCAAGAUUCUCUCGGAUACUUGGUGCCAGCGCGGAAUCCACCGGUCAACUAUUUCCAGCCGCUCCCAGAUCCCGAUCCCGAAUCCGAGUUUAGCGAGGACGAGGACGAUGAGGAAGAAUAUACUUGACCGUCUGCGAUACCGUCAAGCUCGCAAUAUGUCCUACGUCAUUCGGCGCAGGAGCUGGACCAAAAACUAGAUGGCGCGCAAUUACAGAACCCGCCGCGAAACAGCAAGGAUAAAUCUCUUUGCUAGAUCAUAUUUCUACAUCAAUGUUACGACUAUCAAACAUGAAGGACUCGAAGUAAUUAAUUAAUACUCAAUAUAUUAGUGUGAUAUUUUUUUCUUUAUAAUAGGUAUAGACAAAUAAUAUCCAACAUGUUAAAUUGUUACCUUUCAAUAUCCACAAAUAUGAUAUAUUCGUGCGGAUAUGUUUAUGUAUCUAA